AGAACCCUGUGACCACUAGAUUUUUAUGCUGAAACCACAAAGGCAGGCUAAGAAGUCCUGGUUCUUCAGAACUUCAGCAUUGAGAGCUGCUCUUCCCUGUGAAACACCAUGUGCUUUCUCCCCAGUCAUCAAUUUUGAGCUCUAGAAGCCAUGCAGUCAGCCUUCCAGUUCAUAGUAGACCGUUAGGCUAUUAGCUUGCCAGGUUUGUUCCCCUGCAGUUUUACACUGUGUUUAUGUAGGGAGCCGACCUUGCAUAGAAAACCAAGCAACAUCCAGGCUCUACUGCUGAAGCUUCUGCAGGGGCUGAGUUCAGCCUCUCCUCCCAGUUCUAUGCCACCCAAGGCAGCGCAUGGUAGUCCUGCUGGCUUCGGCUCCCUGCGACUGAGAACUGGGCCACCGCUUUGUACUGGAUGUGCCUUCCUCAGAGCCAUAGCACGGUGUAUGUAUACUUCUGGAGGCAGGCAAAACUAAUACAGGAUGCAACCCACGGUAUUAAACCAGCUCUUUCCAUAAUUCAGAGGGACUUGCUUGUCAAUGGCAGGUGAUAUCACGUACGUGGACGUGGCAAUGCUACCAAGGGAAAGACCACACAUUCCUUCUCGGACAUCAGUUCCAGGAAACCCGAGCACAUAUGCGGAGCUGCGUGUGAAGCCGAAACCCAAAGGGAGCAGCACAUCAGAAACUUCCACUUCUGGCUGCAGAUACGGGUGCUCAGGCUGGUUCUACAUGGUGCUGGUCCUGGGGGUCCUUGUGCUCGUCCUGCUAGGUGUCAUAGCCGUACUAGCCAAGCAAUUUUUUAAGGUCAAAGCAGGAAAAUCAGAAGGUUUGUCCCACUGUGGUCUAAAUAGCACUGGCAAUCACAUUUCUUCCGAGAAGACUGCCUCGGCGGUGCUCCUGAAAUGGCUCAUGGAGGAACUGUGUGAAGAUGCACAGGGAACAACAUGCGAGCUGUGUCCUGCUGGGUGGCAGCUACACAGGGGCAGAUGUUACUACUUCUCCGAGGAGGCUGUAAGCUGGGAUGACAGCAAAAGAAACUGUCUGUCCAGGAAAUCCCAGCUUCUUGUCAUUGAAGAUGAAAUUGAGAUGGAAUUUAUAGACAAUAAAGAGAAAGAUACCAAAUACAUCUGGAUUGGGUUGAAGAUUCAAGACAUGAAGAAACAAUGGAGUUCAGCUGAAGAUCCCAGGAUAGCUAGAGAUAGAACUGAGACUGACAAGAACUGUGCUGUUUACAGAAGAAAAAACAUGAUCCAAGCAGAUAACUGCCAGACUUUGAAGAAGUGGAUUUGUAAGAAGAACGCAACUUUGUUGGUGCUCUGAGCCAAAUUGUCAGACAACAGGCAGAGCUUUUUGUCACAAGACCCAUUCUAUUGAUAAAACAUGUGAUGUAAAUAACUUCACGAGACUUGCACAGAAAUUUGCAUUUCGCUGUUCUGUGCUCCAUAAGACUUUGUGUGAUGCAGACAAAGAACUCAGAAGUUGCUAGGUGUCAGUGUGAAGGUCAUGCAAGAGGACAGUACAUCUGGAUUUGGGAGUGCUGAGCCUUCCCACAGACAAAGGUUGGCAGCAGCUGCCUCUAGGAAGGGCAGGGGAGAAGUGCUCAUGUGAGGAUGAGCACUGUGCACACGAACUGCCUGAUGUGCAGAAAAAAUGCCAUCUACCGGGGCUGCAGCGUGUGGAGCCCACUGCUGUCAUACGUAUCCCUCAGGCAGCCACUGCUGAGCUGAGACACUUUUUAUUUGGGUUUCGGUAUUUCAUUGUUUUCUGAAGUUUGUGUUUUGUUUUGUUUUGUGUUUUGUUUUUCUUACAGUCUAAUCGUGACUUACAGAAGCCACUUGAGGGCUGGCGAAAAUGCAUUUAUUAGGUAGUGUCUUAUACUCACUCAGAGCUGACGUGCACAGCUACGGGGCAUACAGACAUCAGACCAAGCGUGAAGUGACUCAUAACACUUGUGGUUAAUAAGCUGAUGGCUCCCAUCUUCUGAUGCUGAACUUUGGGAUCUGCAAAAAAGCUCAUAUCUAGGGUAAGACAACACUGCAGUGCAAGGAAAUUAAGAUGAUAGCCUGCCUUUCCACCGAUAUUUUUUCUCUUUAUGUUGCAAACUUUUUAACAUGGAACAAUAGUUACAUAGGAAUAUAGAACAUAAUUACAUACAUGGAGGGUAUGGUGAUGAGGUACUGAAGCUGAAAGCUAGUGAAAUUAACAUCUGCGGGUGCACUCAGUAAUUACAUUGCUUGAGCAUUCAAGUGCUAAGUGGCUAUACCUGGAUCUAGAAUAAAAUAUGCUAAGAGCAGGGUGACUUAGUGCCUGUAUUAUAUUUAUACAUUUGAAAAAAAUAACAAAUGUAAUUAAUUGAUUUUUAAGGUAUCAGACAUUUGUUUCAGCUUUUAAAAGCACCUUAGUCUAAUAAAGGCAGUAAUUUUUCUAGA